AUGGCUGGCUGGUCACGUGCCGAUGCGAUUAAUGCUGUGUAUGGUUCACGAGUUACUGGUGGAGGGCAAAAUAUGGUGCCUUUAUCAAGCGCCCAAUGCGGAGUGGCAGAAUCUUCUCGGCUGGCAAUUGAACGCCUUGGACUGCGCUAUGAGGGUCUUCUUGCGAACCCCAGCCAAAUAACCUCUGGCAAGCUAGAAAAAUAUAUAAUACAUUCCAUUAUUUCCCUCUCAUCCGUAAUAUUUUAUGCGCACUUUCUUACUAACUUGUUAAUCGAAGGUAUGAAUACCAGUAGGUGUGGCCCCUUCUAUUGUCAAGGUCUCCGUUCGUUUUUGGCGAAUUUACCGGGGCGUCGUCUCACCUGCUGUUUGUCUUGCUCCCCUCUUCGAGUGGCUGAUCCUGCUCUAGUCCCCUGUCCGGAUCCGCCUCAUGAGCCCGUGGGUCCGUUUCUGAUCUUUAUAGUUGACCGAUUCCACUCGGUUCCAGCCCCAGCGUACUUUUACUCCAAGUGCUAUUUCUCAAGCCUUCAGUAG